GAAUAACUUUAUAAAUUGAGAUCUAAUUACCAAACAUAUAUAUAAAAACAUUGAAAAGACGAAACACAAAUCAAUUUCUCACUUCACGUCUCUUGUUUUCAAAUUUCUACAUUUAGAUGAGUAACUAAACGCACUAGAAUUUUCCCUCUUUUUUCUUUCUUCUCCGUAGUAUAUAAGAAAGAGAGUACAUUGUGUUAGUGUAGUUCCCCAUCUUUGUCUCUCAAGAAAAUGGGAAGAACAUCAUCAUGCUGUUCCAAAGGAGGUUUACACAAAGGGCCAUGGACUGCUAGAGAAGACGCAUUGCUUGUCAACUACAUUCAACAAAAUGGUGAAGGCCAUUGGAGAGCUUUGCCAAAGAAAGCUGGUUUGCUUAGGUGCGGAAAGAGUUGUAGAUUGAGAUGGAUGAACUAUCUUAGACCCGACAUUAAACGUGGUAACAUAACCACCGAUGAAGACGACUUGAUUAUAAAGCUACAUUCACUUCUCGGAAACCGUUGGUCGUUGAUUGCCGGUAGACUCCCCGGCCGAACCGACAACGAGAUAAAAAACUACUGGAACUCCCACCUAAGCAAGAGGGUGGCAAUAACCAAAGAUAAUGCAGGAGAGACAAAGAAGGAAAACAUCAUCAUUGAAAAUGGAGAGACAUCUAACACUAGAAAACCAAUCGGAAUUUUGCCGUUUUGCAACGAAGAUAACUCGAGCAAUGGUAUGGCAAGCCGGCUUCCAUUGUCGUCGGGAAAUCAAGGAGGCGACAACGGUGGAGGCGGAGGUGGGACUGAUCAGUUGGCUGUGAAUGGAGAUGAGGAGAUUCAAAAGGUUAAAGGAAUGGAAGAAUUGGAAGAAAGUGGGGAUCUUUUUGGUGGGUGUGAAGGUAUGUAUAAAGAGUUAUCAUGGAAUUGUUCAGAAAAUGGUGAGAGGAUUGAUGAAAUUGAAGAUGAUUCUUAUCAACAGCUACUCAACCUUCAUGGAGAAGAUUACAUUCAGUUAGAGUCCUUCAUUGAUUACUUCUUAAUUUGACUAUAUUUCAUCUCUCUCUCUCUCUCUACUGUAUAUUUCAUUUAAUAUAUAUCAGUUUGGCGUUGGUGGAUUGAUGUUGUGUGAUUAUUAAAUGUAGUACCUUCAUUUUGAAAAGUGGCUGAACUUUCUAU